CUAAAGCGUUUGAUGGACAGUGAGCAUGCGUACCAGGUCUGAAGUAGCUAAAUUGACAUCGAACAUGCGUAAUUAGCCUUUCUGAAUAGGGAAAAAAGAAAAAAAAAUUCCCCCCAGCCCAAAACCCACAACAAAUCUCUCCGUUUGUAGAACAUGCGCAUUCGUAGUCUGUAGCUUUUUUUUUUCCAUUGAAUGUGAGCAUGCGCAUAGUGAGAGGGAAGGCGUUCUGAAGUUUGAACCGGACAGAAACGGCUGGUCCUGGUGCUGUCAGUUGCUCACUUUUUUGAGGAGAUAGGCCUAGUUUGUGUCUCAGUAUGUCAAUAGUAACAGUGCAACUUGGCCAGUGUGGCAAUCAGAUUGGUUUUGAAGUGUUUGAUGCUUUAUUUAGUGACUCACACUGUCCCCAGAAAUUCUGCUCUAAAAGAGAGAAUGAGGCAUAUCAAGCAUCUUGCAAAGAAAGAUUCUUCAGUGAGGAGGAAAAUGGAGUUCCAGUUGCCCGUGCUGUACUGGUUGACAUGGAACCUAAAGUUAUCAAUCAAACACUGUCAAAGGCUGCCCAUUCUGGCCGUUGGAAAUAUGGCCAGCAUUCACACUUCUGUCAAAAACAAGGUUCUGGAAACAACUGGGCAUAUGGUUACUCUGUCCAUGGACCCAGGCAUGAAGAAUCUAUAAUGAACCUCAUCCAGAAGGAAGUGGAGAAAUGCGACUCUUUGAGUGGUUUUUUCAUCGUAAUGAGUAUGGCUGGAGGCACAGGAUCAGGGCUGGGAGCCUUCCUUACACAGAACUUACAAGAUCAGUACUCAAAUUCUUUGAAAAUGAAUCAGAUUAUAUGGCCUUAUGGAACUGGUGAGGUUAUUGUUCAGAACUACAACUCCAUUUUGACUCUUUCUCACUUGUACCGAUCUUCAGACGCCCUCCUUGUCCAUGAGAAUGAUGCUGUUCAUAAGAUCUGUGCGAAGCUGAUGAAUAUCAAGCAGAUCUCCUUUCGUGAUAUAAAUCAAGUCCUCGCACAUCAGCUGGGAAGUGUGUUCCAGCCUACUUACUCUGGGGAAGGCUCAUUUCACUACAGAAGAAAUCCACUAGACUUAAUGGAGGAUUUGGUUCCCCAUCCAGAAUUCAAGAUGCUGGGUGUUCGUAACAUUCCUCAAAUGUCUGAGAAUUCCCUGGCAUACAGCACGUUUACUUGGGCUGGCCUCCUCAAGCAUUUGAGACAGAUGCUCAUUUCUGAUGCGAAAAUGGAAGAAGGUAUUGAUUGGCAGGUACGGCCUCCUCUAUCAGGACUUCCUACUCUUGGAAAAAUGCCUCUCACCAAGGAGUUUCAUUUUAACACUUCCAUUGCUAACUUGGUCAUCCUUCGUGGGAAAGAUGUGCACAGUGCGGAUCUGGGGGCGUUUAAAGAUCCAGCUCUCUAUACUUCCUGGUUAGAGCCUGUUACCGCUUUCAACGUGUGGAAGACCCAGCGAGCCUUCAGCAAAUAUGAGAAGUCUGCAGCGUUGGUCAGCAAUAGCCAGUCCUUAGUAAAACCACUGGAUAUGAUUGUAGGCAAAGCGUGGAAUAUGUUUGCUUCAAAAGCCUACCUUCAUCAGUAUACAAAAUUUGGAAUUGAAGAAGAGGACUUUUUGGACGGUUUCGCAUUGUUAGAACAGGUUAUUGCCAGUUACAGGAACCUCUGAUUUUGAGCAAAGGGGAAGAAGUACUUAAGUCAUUUUUGGACUAAAAUAUUUUUGACACUUUUCUCUGUAAGUUUUUCAAAUUCCUAUCUGCUAAAGUAACAAAAUUAAAUGCUGAUUCCUCCUGCAUAGUACACCCACAGAAAAGGAGGGAAAUCUUUUAAAUGGAGCAUGUUUUCAAAGAAAACAUCUACUUGGUUGUUUUCCUUUGUAAGAAAAAAAAUGGUGCUUCUUUAAAAAACUUUGGGAACACUGCUAAGAUAUUGGAACUCUGGAGCUUUCCAAAAAAGGGAAUAUUCUUUGUCCUCAUGUUCAUAAAACUUCUCUCUUCAUUCCAAACAAGCAUUCACUAAAUAUGAGCUAAACUUGUACAGCACAAUUUGAAGCUAAGGAAUUGUUAAUUCUGUAUUUAAAGGUAAUCAUCUUUGAAGUGAAUGCUUUGAACCACAAGAGGGAGCUGUUGUCAAAUAGUGUGAAUAUCUAUUUUGACUAUUAUUCUGUAACAGGGUAAGAUUUUCUUUUCUUUUUAAUUUGGGGGGGGUAAUUAAGUUUAUUUAUUUUUUAGAGGAGGUACUGGGGAUUGAACCCAGGAUCUUGUGCAUGCUAAGCAUGAGCUCUACCACUUGAGCUAUGCCUUCCGCUCCAAGAUUUUCUACUUUAGGCAACUAUUUAAAAAUAAAUGUCAGGAUUUUGUUAAUAAAUGUAUAUCAGGCUUUAAUACAAAGAUGAAUAAGUAAAUGUUUACUUUGUUUGCUUUUCUUAAAUUUUCAGGGCAUCCAAAAAUUGCAAUUUUCUUUUAGAUCUUAGAAUGCCAGAGCAGGAACUGAUAUUAUUCGAUCAGUGUUUUAAAAUUACAGGUAUUUGACUGAUGCGGAAGAUGGUUAUGCCUUUCAGUAAGAGGGGUAAGAGCUUUCACCGAAAUUUCACUAAGUUGAGAAAAUAUCACCAAGGAAAUACCAUGCUGGAUGAAACUGACACGUACAAAUGUGGGUUUACUCAGAAGGACAAACACAU